GUAUACCCUUGUAUACCCCCUAUAUAUCUUGUGUACCCAUGUUUACCCUAGUAAUACUGUAUACCUUGUAUACCCCUAUAUAUCUUGUGUACCCAUGUUUACCCUAGUAAUUAAUACUGUAUACCCUUGUAUACCCCUAUAUAUCUUGUGUACCCAUGUUUACCCUAGUAAUACUGUAUACCUUGUAUACCCCUAUAUAUCUUGUGUACCCAUGUUUACCCUAGUAAUACUGUAUACCUUGUAUACCCCUAUAUAUCUUGUGUACCCAUGUUUACCCUAGUAAUACUGUAUACCUUGUAUACCACUAUAUGUCUUGUGUACCCAUGUUUACCCUAGUAAUACUGUAUACCCUUGUAUAUCCUUAUAUAUCUUGUGUACCCAUGUUUACCCUAGUAAUACUGUAUACCUUGUAUAUACCACUAUAUAUCUUGUGUACCCAUGUUUACCCUAGUAAUACUGUAUACCUUGUAUACCACUAUAUAUCUUGCGUACCCAUGUUUACCCUAGCAAUACUGUAUACCCUUGUAUACCACUAUAUAUCUUGUGUACCCAUGUUUACCCUAGUAAUACUGUAUACCUUGUAUACCCCUAUAUAUCUUGUGUACCCAUGUUUACCCUAGUAAUACUGUAUACCUUGUAUAUACCACUAUAUAUCUUGUGUACCCAUGUUUACCCUAGUAAUACUGUAUACCUUGUAUACCACUAUAUAUCUUGCGUACCCAUGUUUACCCUAGCAAUACUGUAUACCCUUGUAUACCACUAUAUAUCUUGUGUACCCAUGUUUACCCUAGUAAUACUGUAUACCCUUGUAUACCCCUAUAUAUCUUGUGUACCCAUGUUUACCCUAGUAAUACUGUGUACCCUUGUAUACCC